GGUCACGUGGCAUUAAAAAUCUGUCAUUUUUGACAAGUGUGAAAGGUUAUGCGUUGUUCUCUAAUUUGUUUUACAAUUGUUUUGAAAUUUUUAAUGCACAAAUUUAAUUUCUGUGAUUAAAAGUAUGCAAGAUUCGCUUGAAGAUUAUAUUCGAAUUUCGCGCAACUGCAAAGAGGGACCAACCCCGGUUAAGAAAGAAGUUCUAAUUACUGCUCAAAUAAAAAAGGAAUGUGAUGCGAAAGCAAUGCAAAUACUUCAGUUCGCAAUAGAAGGGAAAAUGAGGUCAGAUGCUUUGUUCAAAUGUUUACCCUACAUUAAUCAAUCUCAUUAUCAAGACAUUGUUGAAGAAAGGGCCCUGAGUAAGCUGUGUGGAUAUCCACUUUGCUCCAAAAGAAUUCCAGAUAUGCCAAAGAAACAGUUUUACAUUUCCACUAAAAAUAACAAGGUUUACGAUAUAACAGAUCGCAAGAAUUAUUGUAGCAAUUUUUGUUAUCGCGCCAGUCUUCAUAUCAAAGGCCAGAUAGAUACUAGUCCAUUAUGGCUCAGAAAGCACGAAAAGAUCCAUUACACACUUCUCAACAAAUCAGAAAAGGGUUUGCCAGGAGAAGUGGUUGACCAGGGUAUAACAAAACCAGUUAUGGAGCCGUUUUUUACAUCAGUAUCAAGUUUCACUCAAAUGUCAUUGGAUGAAGCAGAAGAAUUAGAAUUAAACUCCCAGGAGGAAGAAACAAGUAAACAAAAAAAGAAACCCAAAAAGUACCAAAGAAAUGCAAUGAAAACUAUUAAUGAAAAUGAGGAAGAAGAGCAAAUUGAAUCUGAAGUGACACAAGAUUCCACCACUGAAAAAAUUGACGAAUUGAAAGAAUCUGUAUUAAAUAAAGAAAAUAAAAAUACGGUGAAAAUAAAAGAAAACCCGUCGGCUCAAAAUAAACAAAUAAAUAACAGUGAUGUGGAAUCACAUAUCUACAAAUGUAUUAAAGAAUGGUUAACUUUAGAAACGCUUAUGUUCAUUCAUGGUGAAGAAAAAGUCAAAGAAAAGUUAGACAGUCAGAAAUUAAGUCACUAUUUUGACUCCUUGAAAAUAUCACAAUUGCAAGUGGAGCAACAGAAAAGGUACUUUGACAUUUGUAGAAAGUUGCAUCUGAGAGAAUUGGCUGAAGAAAAAUUUGAUAAAGCCGUUGUUGGAGAUAAGACAUUAAAGCCCAUCCCUGAUUAUCAACAAUUGAAAGAAGAAAGUCGUGAACUUGAUUUAAAAGUAAAAUGUUUCUACAGCGGCGAAAUACAUAUCCAAGAAAAUAAAAACUUCCCCACAAAAAAAGAAGAAACGACCAAUGAAGAAGAGGAACAACCCGCCGUACUACCCUUAGUUGAUAUCAAUUCCCAAAAUGCAUUAAGAAGAAAAAUCUUCCUAAAUUCACUCAAUAAAACGGUACAAACUUUAUUCCAGACAUUGAGGAUAAGUCCAAGUUUAGUUUUAUUAGAUUUGCAAUCCUUGGUUAGGACUUUUAAAUUGAAAGCUGACAAUAUUGUUUUCAAGCCUGCAGUUUGGACCUACGUUGCUAUUAUUUUAUUAAAAAUUCUGGCAUUGAGGGACGAAAAUUUGCGAAGACUUCUGGACCAGGAGAAAUCGAAUAACCAGUUAAACGUUUGGUUGUCUUCACUUCCCAACAAAACUCAAAUACUCAGUGAUACUUUAAAUAUUCUUUUUGAUAUUGAUACAUUUGUGGAAAAUUACAUUUGUAAAUAAUUUUAAUAAAAUAAAUGUAUCAAGUAGCAACGAU